GUGUUUACGUGUGUGCCCAGGGUCGAAAAAGUUGUAUAUUCCAUUGUAGAAACUUCCACGACACACCUAUGUAUAUAUUAGUAGCCUUUGCGUGCAGUGCGUGACGCUUGAGGGUGCAGAGACCGCCAUCUUGAGGCGUGCAUGGCGACACAUCAACGCCGCUGCUUACACGACACUGUUAUCAGAUAAGAACACGAGCAGCGGCAACGACGCAGCCACAUUCACUUCGAGUCGGUGCUUUGUCGCGGCGGUGCGUGCAAUACUUUGUGGCGUUGCUGGUGAAUACUUUGUGAGUGAGUGAGCGUUGACCAGCGAAUACCUUCCACCCGAGGACUGUGAGGCGCGUGAGUGACUUUUGGGAGUGAGUGAACCUUCGCGCCGUGAGGACCUCCUGCCGGCGGGCGAAGGACCAUGAGGCGCUUGGGCGUGGCGGCGGCGGCGGUGGCGGUGGUGGUGGUUGCCCUGUUCUGCACGGGGGCGAGGGCCAGCACGACCCCCGCCCCGCUGACGGAGGAGGAGCGGCUGGAGAGGCUGGAGUGGGUGGCGAAGGUGCUGGAGAAGGAGGGAAGAUACGAUCCCAUGAAGUCGAGGGUCGCGCCAGAUCCCGACGGAGGCCCACCCGUAGUGAUGCUGGACGUCCUCAAGAGCAACAGGACCAAAAGGAGCUUCGAUCCCAUGAACUCGAGGAUAGCGCCGAGGCAGUGGCAGAACAACCAAGGCCCUUACGUCAUCACCGCGGACCGCCUGAGGGAGAUCCGUGACCAGAAGAUGUACCCAUUCUUUGACAUCGACUCAAAGGGCGGCACUGGCGACCUCGAAAAGAACAUCAACACCCAGAACACGCAAGUCAACAAGCAACUCAACUUCCUGCUGCCCUUCUUCGGGUUUGGCCUCAACUAUACGUGGGUGUCCCUCAACGGCUACCUGGGCUUCUCGGACGCUCCCUUCAACUGGGCCAACUACCCCCUCAGCUUCCCCGUGCAGGAGUGGCCGGACCGUCCCGACCCGUCCUUCAUGGGCCCCUUCUACUCCAAGUGCAACAUCGGAGAGCUGAGACCCGGGGAUGACGACAGCAGGAGACCCGGAGUGUACUGGAGACUGGAGCGUGACUUGCCUUCCCGCGAGGACCAGUUCGGCGUGGAGCUUCGCGAGCGGCUCAUGUGGGACAUCCGCGAGGGCAUGGUGGGCACGGCGAUCUUCAAGCCCAAGCACUCCAUCAUCGUCACCUGGAAGAACGUCACCUUCGCGGGCGGCUCCGUCAACACCGAUGCCAAAUAUGUGACCAACACCUUCCAGCUGGUGGUGGCGACGGACGAGAUCAGGACUUACACGAUCUUCAACUACGAUUACAUGGCCUGGACGUCCCACACCGAGGCGGGCGGCUCCACGGACGAGGGCCAGGGCGGCGUGCCAGCCUACGUCGGCUUCAACGCAGGGAACGGCACCCGCUCCUACGAGUACACGCCCUACAGCCAGAAGCUCUACAUCCGGGACCUGGCGGUGGCGGGCAACGCGAACGGCUUCCCGGGGCGACACAUGUUCAGGGUGGACGAAACGGUCCUGGCGGGCUGCUGCAGGAGGGAGGAAGAACUGAAGGAGUACCCGCUGACCUUCUCCCCGGAGCAAGGUAACAUGCUGGGGGGUACGCUGGUCAACCUGACGGGGCCCUGCUUCAGCAACAGCUACCGCCUCGUCUGUCAGUUCGAUACCACCGCCGUCGAGGGCAACAUCCUGGACCACAACCGCGCCACCUGUAUCAUGCCGCAGCUCUUCGUCUCGGGCUAUGUCGACUUCGCCAUCUCCAUCGACAACGGACCGUACUACUGGAAGGGGAAGUUCUUUGUGGAGACGCCCCUGACGUCUCCUGAGGGCGUGUGGUUCAAGGACGACAGCUACCAGGACCAUUCGCCCGAGACGCUGGACAUACAGUGGCUAGCGGGUAACCUCACCAUGAACCGAGACGCGCAGGCGCAGAUCUCUAUUUGGGGUUACCGCGAAAUCAGCAUCCGCCCCGAGAUUGUCUACAUCGAUCUGCUGAUGGACGGCGUACCCAACACAGGUCACUUCACCCUCACCAUGGCGGACUACAUUAACCGGAACAACCGAGACCUGCUGGACCUGGAGAUGGGACUCAUUAUGAUCAACCUGACCCAACCUGAACCUAUCUACGGUCUCGAGAAGUCCACUACGGUGUGGUCGCGGCCCAUCCCCCUCGCCUGGUACUUCCGUUUCCAGUGGGAGCGUCUCUUCGGCAGCAGCUGGCCCACCGCGAUGUGCGACCGCUGGAUUGAGAACGACCGGAACCUCAGGAACUUCGCCUACGAGGUGGAGCGGUGUCCUUGUCUCAUACAGCAGGCCGUGGCGGACCGAGGGAGGUUCCUGCCGGACUUCUCCUGCGACAAGGACGGGAAUACGGAGUGCGACUACCACUUCGGCGCCAUCCACUGCGUCCGGACUGCCCUGCCCAACGAGGACGGGGCGGGCCAGCAGUGUUGUUAUGACCGCGACGGCUACCUCAUGAUGACCGCAGACAAGAUGUGGGGGGGCAACCCGCACCGCGCCCACAACCUUGGGAAGACGCCCUUCGAUGAGGCCAAUAAGGUGCCGAGUCUCUCCCACUGGUACCAUGACGUCGUUCCCUUCUACACGUGCUGUAAGUGGCAAGGCGAACAGUCCCCCGGCUGCGUCACCUACAGGUUCGAGCGCCGCGCCUCCCAGGACUGCGUGGGCUACCAACCCCCGACUGCAGCCACGGUGUUCGGCGACCCGCACAUCUACACCUUCGACGACCUUCCCUACACGUUCAACGGCAAGGGCGAGUUCGUGCUGGUGCGCGUGGACUCGGUGCGCCACAAGCUGGACGUGCAGGGCCGCUUCGAGCAGAUCUCUCCCAACUACAUGAAGGAGGCCAAGGGGUCCAUGCUGACGGCCGUGGCAGCGCGUGACAACGUCUCGUCCGUGGUGGAGGUGCGGCAGCGGCCCAUCGAUGCCAUCUGGCGCUACCACCUGGACGUGAUCGUGGACGGCCAGCGCAUCUACUUCGACAGGUACUCACAGAAGAUCCAGCAGUUCAGAGAGUGCGUCGUGUACACCCCCAGCAACAUCCUCAACCAGAGCCACGUGGUCAUCAUGUUCGCCUCAGGGGCCGGCGUGGAGGUCAUGGAGAACAAGGGCUUCCUCGGCACCAGAAUCUACCUCCCCCUUAGCUUCGCGAACAUCACGCGGGGUCUCUUCGGGAAUUGGACCUUCGACUCUCAAGACGACUUUACGCUCCCCGACGGCUCGUUAGGACCCGCCGCCGAGCCGUCCAACAUGAAGGUGGUCCACGACGAGUUCGGCAUGAAGUGGGUGCUGGACGACAAGGAGAGGGCUGAGCUGGGUAGGUCGCUCUUCCACCACGACAACACACGCUCCAGUAACUACUUCUACGACCCAGACUUCGUGCCCGAAUUUAACAUGCACCCCGAACUCAACAUCAACGCCACCACCAAGGCAGAUGAGAUCAAGAGGGUGUGCGGCGACUCUUACCAAUGCCACUACGACUUCGUGGUCACCCUGCGGCGGGACUUCGCGGACAUGACCAAGUACUACCAGGACCAGUUCGUCAACAUCAAAAACAUCGGCCUCCAGACGGUGAUAUCCUGCGGCGCCCUACCAACGCCCCCUAACGGCAGGAAGUCAACCUUCAACUUCCUGAGCGGCGCCGAGGUGAAGUUCGACUGUGACCCCGGCUACGUGUUGCUGGGCGAGCAGAGGCGCUGGUGCUACGCCUCCGGGGACUGGAACUGGCCCGAGAACGGCGAGGCCACCUGCGUCAGCGAGGCCGAGUACCUCACCAUGCAGGGCGGCAUCACGGCGGGCACGGUGCUGGCGGUGCUGCUCCCGACCCUCAUCGCCCUCCUCUGCUACGCCUCAUACGUCAGGAACAAGGAUAGGGAGGACUACCGCGAGCCUGAGUUCGUCCGCAACGGCAGCAAGAAGAUCAACAAGUUCCUCAGAGGCAGGAGGAAGGACGACUACCCCGAUGCGCAGGACAUGCCCGCGGGCGGCCGCAGCUCCAGCACGGGCGGCAAGCGGACGCCAGACACCCAGAACAGCGACGACACCCCAGUGUAACGACGCAGCGCUGCCUCGCCCCGGGCGUUGGGCGGGGCGCGGCGAGGGCGGGAGGGGCUUAGGUAUCACAUGAAACAAAAGGAAGCUAGGCAGAGUAGUGUGCUAAGGGGCGAGGUGGUACAGCAGCAGACGUCACGAUGCUGCUGGGCGGGGCCUCCUCGAGCGUGCAGAGCAGUCUCAGCGUAAGGCUCCCCGCUGCCUUUACUGUGGGGCGUGCACACUACUUCUACCACAAAAAUGUUCAUCAUCCCAGCGAUAAUGUUGUAAGCGAGGGAGCUGCUCACGUUUGUAGGGGAGGCAUAUUUUUCAUUUCUAUUCCAAGAUUGACCUCUAAUUAGUAGUCCCCGUUUAGAGGACAACUCAUCUCGGCUUCACGUUUAUCAGUCAUUCGUCCGUUCACGUCUGUAAAUGUUGCACCCAGAGUAGUUGUCUGUACACAGUCCACAGGUCCAGUAAGGGUUUUAAAGUAUUAGCAAGCUCAUAGUAAUAAUUAUGUAAUAUACUUUGUGGCCAAGCACCUAGUAUCCCUUUGAGCGUCCACCUGCCGGGGAGUCAAAGGUAGAGCUCCUCCGACCCGCCCCGGGAGUGAGGGAGGAACACUUCUCCGCCGCGGCCGAGACGUCUUCCUCCCCCGCUGGCCUCGUGAGCUCCAGCGUGACGGCAGGACAAGGGGGCAGAGAAUAUAAGGCGUCAAUUAGUGUGUGUGUGUGUGUGUGUGUGUGUGUGUGUGUGUGUGUGUGUGUGUGUGCACUUUGUCCUUUUCUAUCACUUAGGCAUAAGUUAUCUUACUAUCUGAUCCAAUGUUCCCUUGCAGCCAACGAUGUAGUUGUUAGUAUUCGUGUAGAUGAAUAUAAUUAGCUUUAAGUUCAAGGUAAUCAUAAGCAACACUUCACAUUAGGGAUCAUGUAGAAUAUUUUUUACUGUGAAGUCGGAAAAAAAGAAUGCACGUCAGCACCGAUCGCUGAGUGUAGGCUGCGUGCUGCGUUUGCUGCUGGUGCUGCCGCUGGUCGUCGGAGCCUUACCACAACCUUGCCCAGUACACGCGCACGCUGCUCGUGUCGUUCAGUUAAAAUGGGGACGUAGAAACCCACUCCGGCGGUCUCGCACUUGCCUGAUUGAGAAGCGUCAGUGGAGUGUAUGUAUGUAUGUGUGUGUGUUUCGGCAGGGGCGGAUCCAGAAGCCAGAAGCCAACAGUCAAACCUCACUCAGCAAGCAGCCAUACGGAGCUUAGAGUAACAACAUGCUAACUUAAUGGAACGUAAUCACAUAGUACUUCAUUUAGCAACUUAAUAUGCAUGACUAACCUCAGCGAACUAUAUAAUUAACCAUGUAAAACACGAUCAAACAGUAAAAAAUGUCAUCCACGUAACUAAUUGGUAAUACUAACUUAAUACUAUAUAUAACCAAUCAGGACACCUCUCCUCCCGAAACUGACCUCUCUUUCGGCCACCUCUUUUGAUUCUUUUUUGUAGGAGCAGCGAGUAGCGGGCUUUUUUAUUAUUGUUUCCUUUUUUGUGUGCCCUUGAGCUGUCUCCUUUGUUGUAAAAAAAUAAAUAAACAGUACCAAAGUAACAAAGGGCGUAGGGGUGCGUGUAUGAAACAGUUUGCACCAGUAUGGAAUUUUUUGGAGCAUGUUCCACCACUAGCUUUGUGAGAUCAGUAUUCCUCGUUUCAUCAGAAUAUUCAGCAGCAUACACAAGGAUAUAUAUAUAAAAGAAAAUUCUCUCACCACAUAUAUACACAAAACCUGCCAGUAAACAUUUAAAGAAAGAAGUAAGUGAGUAGAGUUAAAUAAAUAAGUGAAAAAAAUGUUAAAAUUAUUAAUAUUUAUGAACAUUCUGCGAUUACCAUGUUUAUUAUUAUUAUUAUUAUUGUUAUUAUUAUUAUUAUUAUUAUUAUUGUUAUUGUUAGACGCCGAGAAAAAGAAAAUGAAAGUGAAAGUCAUAGUGAUUUCUGGCUAGAAUUAGACUUACAAAAAGGUCCUUAGAACAAAGAAGUCCUUGGAUAUACAUAGGACAGACAGACCCUCAGGGCAAACAGCACCCCAGGCCACCCCACAGGGUUAAGGUCCGCCCCUGCAGCAGCACCACGUGAUUCUUUCCUCGCCCCGUGUGUCCGCCGACCCCGGGGCUUCUAUCGUACAAGUAACAUUUAUUAUAACGUAAAAAAAUACACAUAUAUACUUUGUUAUUCCUUCCCUUUGAUAAUAAAUAGUUAAAUGUA